AUGCCCCACACCACCGUCAUCGUCCCGCCGUCGGCCCUCCCGGCCCGCCCGCUCGCGGCUCGCCUCGUCCUCGCCGCCAGCUACGCCUCGAUGGGCGCUGCACUGUGGGUUCUCUGGCUGCCGCGCUGGCUGCCGCCGGCCACGCUCCCGCUCGGCCUUCCGCCCACUCCGCGUGAUGCAAGCUUCGGCUGGCUUGUCCGCCUCGCUGCUGUGGCUGCUCUCGGCUACUGCCCGGGCGCCCGGCUGGUGGUGGCCAAGCCGCUGCUGCGGAGCCCGCCCAAGUUUGUUCCGCUCGCCCGCCACGCCGCCCUCGCUGCCGCCCUCGCCGGCCUCGCAUUUCUGUUGGGCCCAACCCCGCUGGUCGAUCUCGUCGCCCCGCUCCUCCCGCAGGGCGGGUUCUUGGCCUCGGCCGCGUCGGCCAUCACUGCCGCCGCCGACGCCGCCAUCUCCUUUGCCGGGCCCAUGCUCGGUGCCGCCUUUGUGCUCGGCGCUGGUGUCUUUGUGGUGCCGGCCCACUUUGAGCGGUCGAACCCGUACGCCACGGCGACCGGCGACAACGGUACGAUCCCUGUGCCAUCGCCGCGCCGCGGCGUCCUGGUGGCCAACCUCGGCACGCCUGUGGCGCCGCGGCCGGCAGAAGUCGCCACCUUUUUGCGCGCCUUCCUCUCGGACACGCGCGUCAUCGAAGUUGCGCCGGCUGUCUGGUGGUUUGUGCUCAACUGCAUCAUUGUCCCCAUUCGCAAGUACUCGUCGGCCAUGCUCUACUCGCGCAUCUUCUCCGAAGACGGCAAGUCGCCGCUCCUGCUGUACGGCACCGAGCAUGCCACGGCGCUGCAGGCCGCGCUCGGCGACAAAGACUUUGACGUCCAGCUUGGCAUGCGCUAUGGCGAGCCAUCGAUCGACCGCGCCAUCGCGCACUUUAUGGCCGAGGGCGUCUCGGACAUUGUCGUCAUGACCGCCUACCCGCAGUACUCGGGCACGACGGUGGCCUCCAUCUAUGACGCCGUCUACGCCGCCGCCCUUCGCUACCGCCACGUCCCGGCCAUCACCGUCAUCCCGCCGUACUACGACCACCCCGCAUACAUCUCUGCCAUCGCCAGCCGCAUGCGUGAGACCCGUGCCGCGCUCCCGGCCGAGCACGCACCGCAGCUUACGCUCUUCUCAUUCCACGGCAUUCCGGCCUCGUACGUCCACCGCGGCGAUCCGUAUCCGGCCCACUGUGAGGCUACCGCCGCCGCCGUCGCCGCCGAGCUCGGCCUCGCGCCUGACGCCUGGCAUCUCUGCUACCAGUCGCAGUUUGGCUCCGACCCGUGGCUCCAGCCGUACACCGACGAACUGCUCGUCGAGCUGGCCGAGGCCUGGACCGGUGAUGGCCCGCUCAACAUCCUCGCCGUCUGCCCGGGCUUCCUCGUUGACUGCCUCGAGACCAUCGACGAGAUCGGCGAGGUCUCAGCCGAAGUCUUUGCCGAGGCCGGUGGCGGUAAGCUCACUCUCGUCCCCUGCCUCAACGCCGAUCCCACCUGGAUCGACGCCUCGGUCGCCAUUCCGUUCUUAUCGGACGGCCCGGGCUGCGAGCACGCCUUCGACGCCUGCUUCGACCUGCUCACCCGCGACAUGGCUGCUGCCCCGCCCCCGCUGCCGCCUUCCGACGAACUCGCAAUCUCCUGGGGGCCUGCCGGUGGUCUCAUCCAUCACGGAUCGGCGCUCUGCCUCCGCAUCUCCUUCUCCACUCCCGCCUCGCCGCUGCUCGAGCCCGGUACCGGCGCCGCCGUCGUUGACGUUGUCGUCCCCUGGCCGCCCACCGAUGCCGACGCUCACCUCGCGCCGCCGCCGCACGACGCCGAGCCGAGUGUGCUCGCUGACGCCCUCGCCGCCGGACUUGCUGCCCGUCCCAUCGCCAUCCUGUGCCCUAUGACGGGCGACAUCGGGCCCGAGCUCCGCAUCUCCAAGUAUUCUGCGCCGCUUGCCGCCGCCGGCAUCUCGUCGGCUAUCAUCAACGCGCCGUACUACGGUGACCGCCGGCCUCCCGGCUGGACCGGCUCCUACGGCGUGCCGACCGUCGAGGCCAUGAUGGCCCAGGCAACAGGCGUCAUCGUCGAGGCCCUCGCCACUGCGCAAUGGGCGCGCUCUACCGGCGCCUCGGCCGUCUGCUACGCCGGCGUCUCGUGGGGCGGCGCCAUGUCGUCGAUGGCAAACCUGCUCGACCACGACUCGUCGGCCGUCGUCACCACCGCCGGCUCGCACUCGCCAGCGCCGGCCUUUGUUGACGGCGCCAUGGCCCGGUCCGUCCCUUGGGACGCCCACGGCGGCAAGUCCGAGGACAACCUCAUGGUCGUCCUCCUCCGCCGCAUCUCUACUACCAUGGUCACCGAGUUUCCGGCCAAGGCCACCGGCGCCGCCCGGGUCAUCCGCCACAUCUCAGCUCCGCAUGAUCACUACAUCCCUCGUGACUCGUCCCUCCGCCUCUUUGACUCGCUCGUCAACGCGCCCGGAACCGUCGAGAGCGCCCGCGUCGAGGUCCUCGGCGGCCACGCCAGUACUGUCCUCUUUUACACCUCUACACACGUCGACGCCAUCCUCGACGCCCUCGCCGCGCUCAAGCGCACAACUGCGGCUACCGCUUCGCCAACAGCAGAUUGA